AUGAAUGAACUGUCAACGAUCAACGAAUAUAAAACGUUUGCAUAUGGGGCACCAAGCUCUUCUGAGAAUGUUGAUAACUCUGACAUUAACGAUGUGGAGAUAGAUUCUGAUAUAUCUGAAAGUGAAAAUGCUGAAGACUCCGUCAACCCUUACGUACGUGUUAAUGGUCGAUUCUUGGUUGAUUUUCGAUGGUUGAAAAUAGCAAAAAGUGAUAAAAGACAACAAGAAAAAAAAUCAGUUAGUUCAAAAUCAUGGAAUAAUAAAAAUGAAAUGGACAUUCAAGUUGAAUAUAAUAGUUGGGAUCCAUAUUUAGAACGUGUUGUUUACAUCCUAAAAGAUUAUAAAUUUGAAAAUUUGAUUAACGGACAAGAAACGGUCCAUUGGGCUGAUGACGCUUACAGUCAAUGUCCUCAAAAGCAAUAUCUUUUAAAAUACAUUUCUGAACCCUCGAAAGCUGAAAGUGAAAAAGCUUUUUACAAAGGAAUUGCAAUAGGAGUUAUUGGCCUAGACGCUUUAAUCGCUUUACCAAUGACAGGGUAUGUACUUUUUAAUGCAGGCGCAGCAACAACAACGGAAGCAAUAGUAUGGGAAUGGUACGGAUAUUGCAAAAUUGCAAAACCGAUAGGAACGACAGGAGCAGCACUAGCUAAAUCAAGAGCAAUUAACUGUGGAAUUACUGUGGGAGCAGUAACAUUAACAUCUACAUUAGUUGGUUCAACAUCAUUAUUAAUUAGUUCAAAUAAAGAAAAAGAAGCUACUAAAUUAAAGCAAACUUUGGAUGGUAGAAAAGAACAAUGGUUAGAAAAAUCAGCAAAUUUACACGAUGAAGUUAACUCGACGAAACCAAUUUUACAAGUUCUUGAAAUGUUUUGGGAUGAAUAUAAAAUUCAACUAGAAAGACUUAAUGAGCGAUUUCAAAGUUCCAGUGACCAUAAUGUACUUCCUGGAGGCACCGGAAUUAAAGCCCCUAAAGACAAAUUAUAG